AUGCAGACGCAGUCUCUAAAGAAACUGGGUCUGGCACUGACCUUGCUGCUGCUGCUGCUGGCCAUAAGUGAAGUUCAAGCUAAGAAAUGGAGGAAAUACCACAAGAUACAUAUGCGAAGGCAUAAAGGACACAGCGCCCUGGGAACUUUGAAGCUCAACAAUACAAGAGUGCAAGGAAACGUAAAUAAUUUGAUGAUUACCGAAUCGCAGGCCACAACAACAGCCUCAACACCCACCACAGUUUUACCCACAGCGAAUCUAACGAAUUUCUACAACAACGUUUACACUGUGGUGCUAGAAUUUGGCUCUAGUGGUCAGCCCUUGACAGUUCUGCUGGAUACAGGAUCUGCUAAUCUCGCAGUCACAAGUUCGCAAUGCCAAACGCAAUUAUGCCUGCAACGGAGUAGCUACAAUUCCGCUAAAUCCAAGACUUAUAAGCAGAACGGAACAGCCAUUCAGAUUGAUUAUGUAGACGGUACCCUAAAAGGAUUCGUCUCCAGGGACACAGUCGAGCUGGAUGGCCUCAAAGUGAAGAAUCAGGACUUUGCUGAGGUCACUUCAUUGCCUGCAGCUUUUUCCAGACUUAAUGGCAUCGAUGGAAUUUUGGGCAUGGGCUUCAUUGAUAUAGCCAUCGAUGGCGCGGUUCCCCUUUUUUAUAAUUUACUCUCCCAGAACCUGAUUGACACACCAGUUUUCUCAGUGUACCUCAAUCGCAAUGCCUCGGAUCCCAACAACGGUGGUCAAUUGCUGCUGGGUGGCUCAGACCCCAUACUCUACAAGGGCUGCAUCACCUAUGUUCCCAUCUCGAACACGGGCUAUUGGCAGAUCCCUGUGGCCAGAUUUAGCCUGGGAACGACCACGCUAUUCACCAAAUUCGAAGCCAUUGUGGACAUAGGAACCUCAUUGAUCUGCGUUCCUUCAAAUGCUAUUGGAACUAUCAACCAGAAGCUGGAAAUCGAAGCAUUGGAUGCCAAAGAUGGUGUCUAUAUAGUGCCCUGCAGCAAGGUGUCCAGCUUGUCGGAUAUCACGGUUAACAUUGGGCGAAAGGACUUUACUCUGAAGCCAUCGGACUAUAUUCUGAACUACAACGGCACCUGCAUCUCUGCCUUUACAAACUGCAAUGGAUUGCAGGGACUAAGCAAUCUAUGGGUGUUUGGAGACGCAUUUAUUGCGCCCUUCUACUUGGAGUUUGAUUUUGAAUACAAGCGCAUAGGCAUUGCUCCAAAGCUGUAA